AUGUCCCCCUCGUCAACUAACUCGCCUCCAUCGCGUUCAGAGCCGGUCUGGACUGAGCCGCCGUGCUCAUGGUUCAUCGAGACUACUGAGGAUGCGCUGCUCAUUCUUGAGGCUGCCCGACGCGGCCUCAUUCCCCGUGUUACUCGCCGCCUAGUCGACCGCGAGCGUCGCAUGAUUACCUCAGGCUCCGUCUUCGUCUUUGAUGAGGAUGAGAGUGGCAUCAAGCGCUGGACAGAUGGUCUCCUAUGGUCUCCAUCUCGCAUCCUCGGCAAUUUUCUGCUGUACCGUGAAACGGAUAAAAAGGGCACAGCUCUAACGCCAAUGCCCAAUCUGCAUCUAAUGAAAGACUCGACUACCAGUCUCUCCAGGCCAAAGGAUGGUCGUGCUCAGGCCGACCGCAAUCGCGAGAGGGCGUUGGUCGGUAGUCUUACCAACAGCUACAAGUUCAAGCCGGAUGGCAUGAUGAAAAAGACCUUCUCCCUGACCGUCAACGGCUCCACUCAGCAUCUCAUUUCGUAUUACAAGGUUGCCGACGUCGAGGAAGGCCGCCUUAGAACCCCCUCGUCUCUUCCCGAACUGAGUGUACUCGAUAUCAGCCCCGAGUACCUGGACAAGACCCAUUUCCGUUGCCCACCCAAAGUAGAGAUCGAUGCCGACGGCAUUCCUAGGUACCGAGGAGAAGCAGACGAUCCUGACUCGCCUCUUCCGAAUCACAUUCGCACUUUGCCUACUCUCCUUCACCCGGGUACUACCCACACGAAAACUCCAACUCGUACUUUGGUCCGAGCUCAUCCAGCCGCGUUGCCAGACGGUACGAACCCUAUGGAGGAGGCGGAGGCUCGUCGGCUAGCUCGACGGGGAGCUCAAGGCGAUCGAGAAGUCGCCGCGGAACCAACACAUCAUCCACGCGUGGGUACGGCACCUCGGGCUCUGCUAGCCCGGAGGGUGCUGGACAGUCCUACCAUAGCCCCUCGGAUUCGACUCCUGUCGGCGCAUCAUAUUCCUCCGCCCCUCAAUACCAAGGCUACACAAGCAACUAUGCACCUGGCUCGUAUGCACCCACUUCGCCCAGCGGAUACUACUCGGGCACGCCUGCCCAGUCCCAACAUACGCUUCCAGUGGUACCAACAAGAAGGGAGCUAUACUAGCCAACCAGUGCCACCGCCUGCUCCUACAUCCUCAUACUACGCUGCAGAAGAUGGGUACCAUUCCAGCUCGUCUUACGGAGGAUAUGCGACAUCGACCCCGGCCCCUGCGACGGGCUAUAGCUCCACAGAAUGGAUAGGUCGACGAGAUAGUCACGUCGCAUAUGCACCGGCACAUGCGCAUACAGGUGCUUGGAGCACUGAAGUGCAUGGUUCAUAG